CGACAAAUAGAUACCAAUUCAAUGCCUUGGCAUUUGGCAAUAUACGAGUAUAAUAUAUGCCCAUCCCUGGCCAGCCAAUCACAUAUUUUCUAAAUCAUCAUCAACUACCCGAAAUAAAUUCAAGAUUCAACUAUACCCUCCCCAGCCAAUCACUAUAUAUAUUAUAUUAUGCUGAUGAUCGAUAUAAACUUCAUCCAUUUCCGUAGAAUUAAUGUACGAAAAAGAGAAAGGUUUGAAUUAUAUUUAUAUACAAGUAAAAUAUAAUACUGGAAGCUAAGGAUCAAAUUUCUUUCAAUUGGAUCAGAUUGAUAAUGGCAGCUCCAUUAGGUUGUUUCCCCAGCGGUCUUUCUCCUCCUGGUUUUCCGUCGAGCGGAAACCCUAUUUCUAAGCCGCCAAACUCUGCUAAAAGCUUUCUCAUCGCAAAUGGUGUCGGAAGUUACAACCAUCUUUGCUCUUCUUCACUUCUUGAAACUGCCAAAAGUUUGGACAGUAGUCAUCAUGCUGUACCUAAGAGAGGUCUAGUUGUGCGCAUUGGCAGCGGAGCUGGUGUCGAACCUGCUGCUGGAUCUUUCCUCGACCCCGAUCCGAUAAAGGGUUGGCUGAUAGGGCUUUUGCUAUCUGCGGUUGUUCCAUUUUUCCGUCACAAAUUUGGGUCUCUUAUGCAAAUCAGAAAUUCUAUAGAACAGGUGGAAGAAGUGGUCCAUGGCUUAGAGAAGGUGGCGGAGGUGGUGGACAAAGUGGCUGAAGAAAUAGGCGGGACUCUUCCUGACGGAAGUUUAAAAGAAGCGGUGGCGAUGGUGGAACGUGCGGCGGAGAAAGCCGAUAAGAGCGCCGAAAAUUUAGGAGAGUUAAUUGAUAAGGUGGAAGAAUUGGGAGAGAAGGUGGAGGAGCGCGUGGAGUCUUUGGUGGCAUUGGCGCGCCACCAAGCUAAAGAACAUACUCCUCACAAACCUGCCAGAGUGGACAAUUUAUAAAUGAAAUUUAUUACGUAGUAUUUUCGCAAGAAAACAUCAAAUUAAAUACUCCUUCCUUCGAAAUAUUUUUAUUUGUGCGUUUUCAUCUCAUCACUGAAUUUGUGUUAUAUAUACUUGAUCAUGUGCAUAUCUUAAAGGUUGAAACUCAUUUAUAAUGUAAUUUUAAGUCCAGUCUUUACGUUCCAACCAC